AUGUCUUUAUACGACGAUCUUGAUACCAUAAAAGCUCGUACUACCGAAAAAGUAGCAGAGUGGUCUUCAGGAAUUAAACUACUGCAGUCUCAAUUACAACUCAAAAAGGCUGCAGUUACUCAACCCAAGAGAGAAGCUUUACGGCGAUCAAAUCAGGUUUUAACACCAGUGAUAGACCUGAAGAGUAAACAGAAAGAUGAUGAUGAGGCAAAUUCAAGCAGUCCAAAGGUACAACCAAAAACAUUUGCAGCUUCGUUAAAUGUUCGUGAUUUUGAUUGGAAUGUUGCAAAUGAAUAUGAUCCUAUGUGGCCCAAUGACUAUGAAAAGGUUGCUAAAGAAAUGCAAGCUAAAAGGUUAAAUCUUGAUGGCAAUGAAAGAAGUGAUAGAUUAGAAAGAAAGAGGAAAUCUAGAUUUGGUGAUGAUGAAGAUGUAACUCCAGAGAAGACUUUAGUGCCUAUGCAACCUGAGGAAGAAGAAGCAGAGGAAAUCUCAAAGAGAGCAACUGGAGUUGCCAUAGCACCCCCACCCUCACUAACUGUGGAGUCUCUUUCACCACCUCCACCAAUCAUUACACCCCCUGCAAAUACAGGGUUUUCAAUUGGUGGGUAUGGUGCAAGUUCAGUAGCUGCUAAAAUUAUGGCAAAAUAUGGUUUUAAGGAAGGACAAGGGUUAGGUAAAAAAGAGCAAGGGAUGUCAGUUGCACUUCAAGUGGAGAAAACGUCUAAAAGAGGUGGCCGAAUUAUUCAUGAGAAAGAUAGUACUAUGCCACCACCUAGUUUUGCUAUGCCAGCACUACCAGGAUCAGAUUCUCCUAAUUCUUCAAACUCUCCACUGCUUUCAAAACAUGAACCUUCUAUAACCGAAAUCAUGAAAUCACCCAGUAAAGUGGUUCUUCUAAGGAAUAUGGUAGGUCCAGGCGAUGUCGAUGAAGAGCUGGAACCGGAAGUAAAAGAUGAAUGUAAUACAAAAUAUGGAGACGUUGUAAAGGUGUUGAUAUUUGAAAUGCCUAAUGUUCCACAUGAUGAGGCAGUUAGAAUCUUUGUAGAGUUUAAAAGAAUUGAAAGUGCUAUCAAAGCAGUAGUGGACUUAAAUGGAAGGUUUUUUGGUGGUAGGCAGGUUAAAGCUGGCUUUUACAGUGUAGAAAAGUUUAAUACAUUACAACUGACUGAA